CCAAAGAGGGAACUGGAGAGUGAGCACUUUCCAACCACUUCAUCUGAACAACAGACAGAUUGGCAGGAAAGGCCUGUCAGCCCUUUGCUUCUGCCACCCAGGCAUCAACAGGGAGCCCCCAUCCACACAAAUAACCUUGCUCUGUCUCUGAAGAUCUGGGUUGCAGACGUGGAGAGUUUAGCAGAAAGCAUUACGGAUCUGUGGAGCUUCUUAUAUCUAGCGAUGCUGAUGGAGCCAUUCAAAGAGCUGGACGGUUCCGUGUGGAAAAUGGCUCCUCUGGUGAGAAUACAGACUACACUCCUGGCACAUGGCACAGAACGGACGUGCAUUUGGAAAACCCAGAAUAUCAUACAAGAUGGUAUUUCAAAUAUUUUUUAGGGAAAGGUAAUUAUUUUUUUGUGAAUUUAUUGAAGUUUUGAUCAAUGAAAAUGCAAUGUAGCUUUUAAUUGCUAUUACUGGGGAAAAAAAGUAUAUUAUUAAAUUGGUAUCCAUUUUCCAUGCUGUACAGAAAACAAUUUCUUGUUUCACGUAUUUUUACCAUGAAGAUAGAGGGUUUCUGGAAGGGGCAGAAUCCCUGUUACCAAAAAGGGAUGUUUUGAAACCAUUGGCCUUUAAGGCUGUACAUAUCUCUUGGGGUUUUUAUACAUCUCUCUAUAAAUACAUAGUUAUUUUGGUAGAUGAGUACAUAUUUUUAUAUCUGAAUACAUAUAUUUACACAUCUAUACACAUCUGUGUAUGCGAGGGGGUGUGUGUGUCUUCUUUAUGGUUGAUAAUGCUUCUUGAUUUUCCCUAACAGUUCAUCAAAAUUACGUAGGUACAGAUGCAGAGAAGAACCCUUUCUUUCUGUCUGUUGUACUGUCUGACCAAAAUAAUCAGCGUGUUCCUCAAUACCAUGCAAUACUUUGGAGAAAAACUGUGAGAAACCAAUAUUUAACUGUUGCUCUGGCUUUAUAUUGGUUUGCUUGUUUGUUUUGGAUACAUUUAUCAUGCACUUUCUGCUUUAUUCAGAAUUUCAGUAUUUAUUACAUAUUUUUCAUUUAUAUGAAAAAUUCUACCAUAGUAGAUAAAACUAAACUAGUUUUGUAGAUAGCAUUAUACUAAAAUUUCUGACAGAAAUCUGUAAUGUCAGAUAUUUUUUAAUUGUUCUUACCUUUGACUCUGUUAUUUUUAGAAAUGUUGCCUAACUUGUUCUUGGUUAUGUCCUGUGAUCAAUUUAGGCAAUAACUUUAUACUGCUUUUAGGAUUUUCUUAUGCAAUGUUAAGAAAGUAGGCAGGUGUGAUACUGGAUUCAGUAUUAUUGUUUAAUUAAAUAUGUUUCCACUUAACAUUCCAUAAGAGCCCUUUAUCCAAGCAAUUGAUUUUAAAAUUAUGCUGUAUGCUGUAUGCAUGCAUGGUUCAUAGUUUGUAAUGUUUUAUAGUUUCAGCAGGCCUUAUACUUAGUUUUGACUACCUUGGCAUGUGGAUAAAAGUAACUUUGCACAGUCCAUGGCUUUUUACAUUCAGUUUGUGGCUUUUUGUUUGCUUGUUUUUCCAAACUAGUAAGUAAAAUGAGCACAGUUUUGGUGUUCUUUUUUUUUUUUUACUUAAUUGUUUUAUUAAUAUUCCUAUUUAAAUAUACAGAACAAGUCAGUAUGUCUUGUAGUAGCUCCUAGUUUUUUUUUUCUUUAUAGGGUACUCAGAAAAUAUGUCUCCCUUAUAGUCCCACAAAAACAUUAUCAGUGAAAUCUAUAUUAAGUGCUAUGAGUCUUGACAAAUUUGAGAGGAGCCCAAGGGAAAUCUUUCAUCCUGAGAUACAAAAGGACUUACUGGUUCUUGAAGAGCAAGAGGGAUCUGUAAAUUUUAAAUUUGGAAUCCUUUAUGCUAAGGAUGGGCAGCUUACAGAUGAUGAAAUGUUCAGCAACGAAAUGGGAAGUGAAAGCUUUCAAAGAUUUUUGCAUCUCUUGGGUGACACAGUUACUUUGAAAGGCUGGACAGGCUACAGAGGAGGACUGGACACUAAAAAUGAUACAACAGGAAUCUUUUCCAUCUAUACGGUUUUUCAAGGGCAUGAAAUCAUGUUCCAUGUUUCAACUAUGCUACCAUAUUCUAGAGAGAACAAACAGCAGGUAGAAAGGAAGCGACACAUUGGGAAUGACAUUGUCACUAUCGUCUUUCAGGAAGGGGAAGAGUCUUCUCCAGCAUUCAAGCCAUCCAUGAUUCGCUCUCAUUUUACACAUAUUUUUGCCUUAGUGAGAUACAAUAAGCAGAAUGAUAGUUACAGGCUGAAAAUAUUUUCAGAAGAAAGUGUUCCUCUUUUUGGGCCUCCCCUUCCAUCCCCACCUGUGUUUACAAAUCACCAGGAAUUCAGGGAUUUUUUGUUAGUGAAAUUAAUAAAUGGGGAAAAAGCCACCUUGGAAACCCCAACAUUUUCUCAGAAACGUCAGCGCACUCUGGACAUGCUGAUCCGCUCUUUAUACCAAGACCUGAUGCCUGACCUACACAAGGUAAAUAACAUGCUCAACAGAAGAUCCUUCAGUGAUGUGUUACCAGAGUCACCAAAAUCAACACGGAAGAAAGAGGAAGCCCGGCAAGCAGAGUUUGUCCGACUUGGUCAGGCACUGAAAUUGAAAACCACUGUGAAAGGGGAUGCGACAGCUAACUUGGCAACCACAAGCUUUUGUAAAAAGGAGCCUUGGGAAUCUCAAUCUUUCUGCAGUAAUUUUCCUCAUGAGGUUGUCUGUGCAGAUUCUUGGGGCCAGUCCUUGCUGGUUUCUACAGAUGCUGGCAUCUUGUUAAUAGAUGAUGGUCAACCAUCAGUGCAAGUAUUUGAUAAAACUCUCCAAGUAAAGCAGAUGCAUGUGCUGGAAACUCUGGAUCUUUUGGUUGCUCGAACAGACAAAGGCAAAGACUCUCGUCUCCUUGUCUUCAGGCUCAGUGCUGUCCAAAAGGAUAUAGAAACAAAGCAAAUCAUAAGAAGCAAAUAUGACUGCAGAGAAAAUAAACUGGAGAGAACAAAAGGCUGCCAUUUGUAUGCCAUUAAUACUCACCAUGGGAGUGAACUGAGGAUUGUCGUGGCUAUUCGGAGCAAAUUACUUCUUGUCACAAAGAAAUACAAUCCAUGCAACAGUUUAACUAGCAGCUCUCUGCUGUUCUCAUCUGAAUCUCCGGUAGAGGAGUUCCAGUACAUCCGGGAGAUAUGCCUUUCUGACCCUCCAGUGGUUAUGACACUGGUGGAUGGACCUACUGGAGACAGUGACAAUAUGAUCUGUGUAGCGUAUCGGCAUCAGUUUGAUUUAGUUAAUGAGAGCACUGGGGAGUCCUAUAGACUGCAUCAUGUUGAAACAAACAAGGUUAAUUUUGUUGCAGCUAUUGAUGUCUAUGAAGAUGGUGAAGCUGGUUUACUGUUGUGUUACAACUAUGUUUGCCAGUACAGAAAGGUACAUCCUUUCAAUGGAGGUUCUCCACUGAUCCAGCCAUCAGCUUACGACUUCCAUUUCAGCUGGAAUCAAGUUCCUUAUGCUGUUGUCUGUGCUUUCCCUUAUAUCCUUGCCUUCACUACUGAUUCCAUUGAGAUCCGAUUAGUGGUGAAUGGGAACUUAGUCCACACAGCAGUUGUGCCUGAGCUUCAACUUGUGGCAUCAAAGUCAGAUAUUUACUUUAAAGCGACUGCUGCAGUAAGUGGAUCGUGUGACAGCAGCGCUAAGGAAAUGAGUUCAAGGAGCUCUCCUCAAACACCGACAGCUUAUGAAAUGCCAGAAAGUCCUCUUUCUUCUCUAGAAGGUGAAGUUCCAUGCAAAAACCUGUACAAAAUUCCUCUCAGUAACCUGGUUGGGCGAAGCAUUGAACGACCUCUGAAGUCACCUUUGGCUCCCAAGGUCAUCACUACUACAACCUCCAGUGGCACUCCCUCUAUGCCAGUUACUCACUCAUUAUCCUUAUCUCGUAUGGAAAUUAAAGAAAUUGCAAGCAGAACACGCAAAGAAUUGCUGGGCCUCUUGGAUGAGCCUAUACCCAAGACAGAAACUGCACAGAAGCAAAAAAAGGCUCCUCGAAGACAGUCAGACCCUAAGCAGGGAGCAGUAAGAUCAACCAGUAGUGACAGGAUAAUCUCAAGCUCUUUCGAAAGCUGUUCUGAAGGACGUCAUCCUUCCACUAGUUCAGAUCCAGAUACCUUGGCCAACAGGGAGGAGAGCUCACCAUCUAGCUGUCCCUUUCAGCCCAUUUCUUUAUACGAUGAAGACAUCAUUGACUUGAAGUGAAGACAGUCUUAAAACCUUUCCUCCUUACUUCACAUUUUCUUACAACUCUGUGAGCUCUGUGGGAACGUCACAAACACUGCUUCUAGUGGUGAAAUGUGGCUGGAAGUAUUGGUGAUUAAUCGUUAUAGAGCCCAUGUUGUUCUGGAUAGUUCAGCCUGAUUUGGUGAUGCUUAUAUCUUUGACAUAGGUAUGUUUUGUUUUCUCAGUUAAUGAACCAUUACUUUUUGUGGAAUUCUAACAGUAGGUAAUUCAUGAGAGAUUUAGGCUGAAAAUGAAUAAAAAGUAUUACUUGUUCUGAGCUUCUUGUAAUUUGAAGUACCUGAGUGACAAGAGCUAAGUUAAUACUGUUAUUACUAUCUUGAGUUGUUUUACAACAGUGUGUGUCAUAAGGGAAGAGGAAUUUUACAACAUAAAUCACUCCUUUUGGUUUUCAAGCCUUUAAAAAAACAAACAAACCAAACCAAAGGCUUGCAGGCAAGGUCUUUCCAACCAGUCAGUCUGUCCUCCAAAUGAUGGAGCUGUGGUAUGUUCAGUGAAGAAUCAAGGAUGUUCUAUAAAGAACAGGUAAGAUAAGAAGAUGCUGCUUCCUUUGCUGUCCAUGCGUAUUUUUUAGAGAAACUUGAAAACUGUUUUGGUGUCAAGAAUCCUUGAACUGAGACUUUUUAUAGAAAACACAAACUCAAAAUAUUCUUUUAAGAAUUGGAAGUUAAAAAAAAACCAAACAACAAAAAAAUACCCAACACUAAGCAAAAAAACCCAAACCAAGUGCAUUUCUCCAUUUCCUGGAACACUGCAUUAGCUGUUGUCUGCUCCUGCACCAACAGUGUAAGUCAUUAUUCCAGAUAACUGCAUUUUUCUAACUAGAUCCAGAUGGAAACUGCACUGCUAAGAAGCUAGUUUUCUAUGAUGAAACAGUCAUCUUAAACAUUUUGUUACGUUAAAGGACAAGGUUUCAUUUUUAAAGCUUAUUAUUUUUCGGCCCUUUAUGCCAAUAAUUUUAUUUUAAACCUUAUUUUGAAAGGGUUUGGGUUUGUUUGGGGGGAUUUUGUUUUGCUUGUUUUGUUUUUCCAUGAAAGAGUGAUGCUUCCAGGCUUUUAAUAUAUAUAGAAAGAUUUUACCUUUACUAGCAGGUAUUUCUUGUUAUAUAUGUAGAAAUACUUCUGUAUCCUUGACUUUAAUUUAUAAUACCAUUUCCGUGUAAUGAUUUCACUUUCUUUCCAAGCAUGACCAUCUGGAGAUGUGUGCCUUUUGCUUCAGUCUGUCUGAAUGUAAAACUGUUUUUGCAAAGUAUUUUUUUUGCCCAGAUUAUUGUGUAUAAUGGUUUAAUUGCUUCACCUAAGAAAAUACACAAUGCCUUAUCUGAAAGGAUCAUUUCUUACUCUCAGCUGGAGUGGCUGAUAAGGAAAGAAGCAAUAUUUUAAGCAGUAACUAAUCUAGGAGCAGAAACAGUAUUAACCAGUGGCUACUAUGAUUUUAGUAUUCUUGCACCCAUAGAUGUAUGGGGUGAACCUUAACAAGCAUCUAAAAGGAAGUGCCAGCUCCAAGUCUUUACAAGAGCUUGUAACUUUGUGUGAGAACGUUAUUUCCAGAGAGUGUGUCUCAUCAGACGCCCAUGAGUUCUGUGCCUCUUGAUGUGAUGAAUUGGCAUCCUCUGAACUAGCUUCUAACCACUAUUUCGCUCAAAACAUUGUCUUAAAUACAUACCAUUGACUGCUAAUUCCAAUUAAAAAAGUCAGUGCCAAUGGGUGGUAUUGAUACAUAAGCUCUUGUGCACCAUUUAUAAAGGGCAAGGUUUUUAUGCAUCUAUGCAACCUCUCCUGCUUCAGACUGGUGGUAGAUGACAAGGCUUUCUGGAAGCCUGCUGGUGUGCACAGCUAUAUUGUUGUUCACUCCAGCCUUAGAGCCAUGUUGUUUCCCUUCUGCUUUUCCAGCAUGUGCAUGCAUCUGCUCAUUAGAACUUAGGAAAUAGUUGUGGGCACAAAUUGUAGCCAUGUCCACCCUAAGCACAACCCUUCCUGCUUUCAUGUCUGUUAAAGCUGCCUUUAGCCUGCAUUCUUGACGCUGGCUGACCAGCUCAUGGAUGGGAGGGCAGAUAACCUUUAAUUUACAGCUGUAUAAGAUGGGUGUUGUUCUAAUAGAGAGGAAUACUGGAAAACCUUGCUACAGAUGGAUGGAAAUCCUUUCCAUAUAGGAAGGAUUGUUACCAAGUUGGACACUUGCUGUCAGGCUCACCUGAAGGCCCAUUCUGGACUCUUAUGAGUUUCUGCAAGAAAUGUUUACUAUCCCAACAUGCUGGAUUUGUUGGAGGAGGCAGGGCUCUUAACCUCUGCUGGCUAAUGGGAUUGUCACCACUUCAGCACUGUGCCUUAGUCUGACCAAACUACAGGAAUGUCAUUUACUUUGGUGCAAGCAUUAGACUGUACAGGCAGUGUAUAGAGUGUACUCGUGCCUCCUUACCAGCAUGGGUAGUGACUCAUGGAAUCACACAACAGUUGAGGUUAGAAUGGAUCCCUGCAGAUCAUCUAGUCCAGAACCCAUACCUGUGCCCCUAGGCUGAAUGGACGAAUGGGUACCUUCAGUUUGCAAGGAACAAGUAGAGCCUGUUUGGAUUAUGGAUCUGCCCUGCUUUGGGGCUGGGGUUGCUGUUUUCAGGUUGGUUUCUUGGGCUGUUGGGGGAUGGCUUUGUUUGAUGGUUGAGUUUUACUAGGCCAGUCAACUGAAUCAAUACUUAAACAGUUCUUAAUAGAGCAGGACAGUAGCACCCAUGGGAAGUGUAACACUGCUACAUAACCAGUUGUGUAGGGUCCAGGGUGCUGCUCCUGCCAUUUACUUUCUGUUGGUCUGUGUCUCUCUGACCAAGCCACGGAUACAAACUCCUGCAUGUUUUCCUAAAGGUGUGGGUCUCUAAUUUGAGCAGCAGCUUUCCCAGAGCUGUUGCCUUAGUCUGCAUUUGAGAUACAGUAAAAACCAAAUCCAAAGGAUUAUAUAUAUAUACUUGUGUGUAUAUUUGUAAUUUUUACCACAAGUUUUAAGGGAUUAAAAGUCCUAAGCAUAUAUAGGAAUCUAAAGUAAUGUGAUCUUGCCACAUCUGCAAGCGAUAAGGUAAUUUUUGUUGCCUUCUGUGUAUGAAAAUGAGUACCACGCUGUUGUCAUUACUACCAGUUUGAUGGCAUGGUUCAUACACACAAUGCUUGCUACGGUCGAAGCAGUGUUAUCUCAGAUAGGCUUAGCCUGAUUUUGUGGGGGGAAUAAACUGUACUAACAGUACAGGAAAGCCCAUGUGACAGAAUGCAGCAAAUAUCUGUACUUGCAUGCGGGUUAGAAAGUAUUUGUACUAGUUGAGCACAGCAGCUUCACCAGCCUGUACACUGCCUACCUGCUUCACUUGCUGCUGACCUGCAGCUGACUCCUGUUUGCUACUGGAAAUCAUGACAUCAGCACACGAGUUAAAGAGCAAAUUUGAGAGAUUAUUUUCUGCAUCCUGGUUUCUAGCUCUGUUAGGCAUUCAUCUGGUUGAAUGGAAAAUGUUGUGUCUCUAAAGGUUUAUGCAAACAGUGUUAUCAACCUGGAGUGUCAGUUUUAACUAAGUCUUUGAAUGUCAGCAGACUGCUCUGUAAUUCAGUAAUUGCCUAUUGUUAAGACUGUUGCUACAUUUGUGACACAAUCUCUUUACCUACCACUUGUCUUAACUGCUGCUGUAUUACCACUGGUUUUAAUGUCAUGUGACGGCGUGUACAGUUUGUGUUUCCAAAUAGAAACAGUCCUAUCACAGCUGGAA